GAGGAUACUUUUACCCUGCAUCUCUCUCGAUUCCCAAUCAGUUCCUGCGUUUUCACUUUGGCGCCUGUAGCAGCUCCUCAAAGAAACCCUAACCCUAACCCCCAAAUCCUCUCUAUCCACGACGCCUGCACCCCUCCUCUAAUGGCGAAAAAACGAAAGCUUAGCUCCUCCGAGCCCUCCGAACCCACCAAAAAGCAACAACAGGUCGUAGUUGAGGAACCCAAACCCCAAAACGAACCAGCAGAGGAAGUAGUCGAAGAGGAAGAAGAAGAAGUCGAAGAAGAGGAGGAGGAGGAAGAUGAAGGAGCCGACGAAGACGAAGAGGAAGAGGAGGAGGACGAAGAGGGGCCAGGCGGUGAGUAUAAGGAAACCGGUAACAUAACCACGACGUCCGCCUCAGCCGCUUUGGAUCAGGCCGGUGCAGGUGAUGACGAGGACGAGCCGAUCCAGAAUCUUCUAGAACCAUUCACCAAGGAACAGCUUAUCUCCCUGCUCCUCGAAGCUGCCGAUAACCACGGCGACGUGGCGGAUCGGAUCCGGAAGGUUGCGGAUGAGGACCCAAUCCACCGCAAGAUCUUCGUCCAUGGUCUCGGAUGGGACACCAACGCCGAAACCCUAACCGGUGUGUUUAAGGAAUACGGUGAGAUUGAGGAUUGCAAGGCUGUUUGCGAUAAGGUCUCUGGUAAGUCCAAGGGUUACGGUUUCAUUCUCUUCAAGACUCGUUCUGGGGCCCGAAAAGCCCUAAAGCAGCCCCAGAAGCAGAUCGGUAAUCGGAUGACUGCAUGCCAGCUGGCGGCGAUUGGCCCUGGCCCGGCUCCUAACGCCGCUGCUGGACCUGUGGCAGCCCCGGCGGUUCAAUCCCAGCCGAUGUCGGAGUACACGCAGAGGAAGAUCUACGUGAGCAAUGUUGGGGCGGACUUGGAGCCCCAGAAGCUUCUUAUGUUCUUUUCUAGGUUUGGAGAAAUUGAGGAAGGGCCACUAGGUCUUGAUAAGUUGACCGGGAGGCCUAAAGGGUUUUGCUUGUUUGUGUACAAGUCGGCAGAGAGUGCCAAGAGGGCUCUGGAAGAGCCGCACAAGAAUUUUGAGGGCCAUAUUUUGCAUUGCCAGAAGGCCAUUGACGGUCCAAAGCCGGGCAAGUCUCAGCACCAGAACCAGCACCACCACAAGUCACAUAAUUCCAAGUUUCAGAGGAAUGAGAAUUCAGGUUAUGCAGGUGGAGCUGCAUCAGGAAUGGGCCAUUUGAUGGCACCUGCAAGUGGGGGGAUUGGAUUUAAUCAGGGGGCUGCUGCAGCCCAGGCAUUUAACCCAGCUAUUGGGCAGGCACUGACUGCUUUGCUUGCAACACAGGGAGCUGGCUUGGGGCUGACAAACCUUUUGGGGACUUUUGGAACAGCUCCGAAUGUGAACCCAGGUGUUCCUGGUGCAGGACAUGUGAUGCAGGGUGGAUACGGGAAUCAGGCAAGUAUUAGUCCUGGGAUGAUGGGAAGCUAUGGAAAUCAAGGUGCAAUGCAAGGUGGCUAUCCUAACCCGCAGUUAGGGCAAGGUGGUUCAGGAAGGGGGCAGCAUGGCGCUGGGCAAUCUGGUGGCGCUCCGUACAUGGGGCAUUAGGUGCCCAUGAGGUAUAUUUGAUGCAGGUGCUGCGGCAGUAGUUACUACUACUACUAGUAGCUGCAUAUACAAUCUUUACUCACUAGUGUCUUGAUUUUUAAAACUUGUCACAGACCUUGAUGGCUUUUGGUCAAGGAUGUUUUUGAAUUUUCAAUGUCCUAGUUUCUGAAGAAUAGUUGAAGUAUGCGUUUGUGAUGAAGUUUUCUGGAAACUACGUUCUCUUUGGGACUGAGUCACUGCAAGAGUUACUAACUGAAAUCCUAAUACUUGAAUAGCAGUUUUGUGACACGAGAUGCUGACUUGUUAAAAUGGGUUUUCAUUGUAUUGAAAAUUAGAUUUUGACAAACGUGUUUUAAAACUUGAACUAUUUUCAAACAGUAGAUCGAUUAUCUAUCGAUUAAUCUUUUAGAGUUUUGAAGUAGGAUUUGUGAUCAGUUUCAAGGGAAUGUUUCUAGUCUAUGGGUUGGUCAUUUCUCCAUGGGUCUGUGUAGAGCUUGUAGCUGAACUUGUGGCUUUAUCUUUGUCGAUUAAGGCCAUAAGCUUUGUGGACGUCAGUAUUGGUGAUAGGUAUCAGGAACUAAUUGCGAUAGGCUUCAUGGGAGGAAGGCAAAAAAUUGCAAGAGCUAAUUGAAGAAUUCAUACAACUAUAGGCCCCAUUGAUUAAAGCAGCUUUUCGCCAUCUCAGUCCCGGUUGUUAAACCUGAAGGAGGAUGUUGUGAUUGAUCCGUGGAUCAGCUGCAACUCUGAAGACGGUAACUCCGCUUUUAAUUGCAAUUCCCUGAAUUGAUAAUUCUUACCUUGGAGAGUGAAGAACAAAUGAUGUUGUGAAUCGAGUGUUGGUCAAGUGACUGAAGCAGGCGGCCUGUACAGACGACGGGAAGUCGGUUGCCUGGAAUUGGAUUUCAAAUGCUUUGUUUGAAUAGGUGAUUGAACUCGCGUUUGAGAUCAAAUCCGCGAGCUUCUUUUGUCACCGCGCCGUCAGAAGUUGUUUUCACAAAGGUGAUUUCUGAGUUGAACGGCGGCGAGCGGCACUGUUGUUGGGCGAAAAAUUCCGAGGCCGAUUGAAUUGAAGCGACAGGAUCAAAGCAGUUGUUUAAAAGGAGGUUGGAUCUAUAUGAUGCUGCUUAAUGGAGGUCGAAUGGAAGGGAAAAAACAAAUGAAUACGGCUUUUUGUAUUUUAGUUUGUGUUUUUGAAAACUGGCUCUACCAAACACAUAUUUUUAGUUUUUAUGUUUCUAAGUUAUAAAAUUUGUGUUCAAAUAGAGUACUAAAUGGGCUCUAAAA